AUGCAAGCACAUCUUGUCCAGCAGGUAUGUCAUAGACAAAGUUAUGUUACGAAAAAAUGUGAGGCCUGUCCACAAAACCAAUACAGAUCUACAAGUGGAACAUAUUUUCACUGUGAGAACUGCAGCAAAUGUAAAAAAGGUAGUAAUGAGCUCAAUUCUUGCACAUCUACAAGUGACACUAAAUGCAAAUGUAAAAAAGGCUUUACGCCCAUUGAUUGGAUAAAGGAAGAGAUUUGCUCUUGUGAAAAAGGUUCGGGAAUAGAUGAAACAGGAAUAUGCAAAAAAUGUGAGGAUGGCUUCUUCACAUACAAAGAAAACUCGAUUUGUCAAAAAUGGAGAGAGUGUAUAAAUGGGAUUGUGACCGCAGGCACUGGCACUUCUGAUGCUGUCUGCAAACACGCCUCGAAAGAGGUGAAAGAAGCUCCCACAAAAGAGGGGAAUGAAGCUCCUACGAAAGAGGUGAAAGAAGCUCCCACAAAAGAGGGGAAUGAAGCUCCUACGAAAGAGGUUAAAGAAGCUCCCACGAAAGAGGUGAAAGAACCCCCUAAAGCCCACAUUACCCCAUUCCAGGCAACCACAAUCUCUUCUACGACCACUUCAAGAAUUACAGACUCUUCUAACAACAUACAAAAAAACAGCCUCUACAGUUUGUGGCUGGUCAUGCUAUGCGCUGCUAUUUUUCUGCUGGCUGGACUCCUGUACCACAAGUGUAAAGUCACCCACUGUAUUCAUAACCACAAGAAAGUGGAUUUUCGAAAAGAAAGUGUAUGCAGAAAGCCUGUUGAAGAAUCUGGGGAAAAGUGCCAGUCUUUGCUUGUCUAACGCUGUUGUUAAUGGCCUCAGUGUUUCUUUUUGUGGAAUAUUUUGUAUGCAUGCAAUAUUGGUUGUUUUAUAACUAGUUUAAUUGCUGUUAACUUCAUUAAAUCUCCACUUAA